CCGUUAUCAACCGCUCUCAAUUCCAUAUCUUGGACUCUUUUAUCUCUCGCAGAUUCCACUCAAAAACAGCUCUUCUCUUUUCACUCUCAUUUCACUAUACUGCAUUUGCAGCCUCCCUCAAUUCCAUCCAUCUCAAUUAUUUCCCUCGUCGACCCUCAUCACCUCCAUCAUCAUGCCUGGGGACGGAGAAUCCACCAUCAUUUCCAAUGCCGCCAACUUGGAAAAAUACAUGAAAUUGGACCAAAAGGGCAAGGUCCUCGCUGAAUAUAUCUGGAUUGAUGGAUCCAAUGGCCUGAGAAAUAAGACAAAGACCCUGAACAAGGCUCCCAAAUCCGUCGACGACCUCCCCGAAUGGAACUUUGACGGUUCUUCCACCGCCCAAGCUCCGGGCGACAACUCCGAUGUCUACAUCCGGCCUGUGGCCAUGUACCCCGACCCAAUCCGUCUAGGUGACAACGUCCUCGUCAUGUGCGAGACUUGGGAUCCUGAUGGAACACCAAACAAGUUCAACUACCGUCAUGAGGCCGCCCGAUUGAUGGACGCAUAUGCCGAGCACGAAGUUUGGUUUGGUUUGGAGCAAGAGUACACUCUUCUUGGCGCCGAUGGGUGGCCGUAUGGCUGGCCCAAGGGUGGUUUCCCCGGACCUCAAGGCCCAUACUACUGUGGUGUUGGCACUGGCCGGGUCUACUGCCGUGAUAUUGUCGAGGCUCACCACAAGGCCUGCAUGUACGCCGGCAUUGAGAUCUCCGGAACCAACGCAGAAGUCAUGCCCGCCCAGUGGGAGUACCAAGUUGGCCCCUGCGAGGGUAUUAACCUGGGUGAUCAACUCUGGGUUUCCCGAUGGCUCCUUCACCGUAUCGCCGAAGAAUUCGGUGCCAAGGUUACAUUCAAGCCCAAGCCUAUCCCUGGUGACUGGAACGGUGCUGGCCUCCACUCCAACGUGUCAUCCAAGGAGAUGCGUGAGGAGGGUGGCAUGAAGUACAUUGAGGAGGCGAUGAAGAAGCUCGAGAAGCGUCACGUUGAGCACAUCAAGGUGUACGGAGAAGGCAAUGACGAGCGUAUGACUGGUGCCCACGAGACCUCGAGCAUCGACAAAUUCACCUGGGGCGUUGCCAACCGAGGUUCCUCAGUCCGAAUUCCCCGUGCCUGCGCUCGGGAAGGCAAGGGAUACUUCGAGGAUCGACGACCCGCCUCAAACGCGGACCCCUACCAAAUCACCGGUAUCAUCGUCGAGACCAUGUACGGUGCCCUCCCCGAGGAGAAGUUUUAGACGAGUGUGAUGUACUGGCGCAGGCUGUCAAUGCGGGAAAGGAAAGCAUUUCAAGACAGUUGCCACGCAAGGGAUUUUGGCGUUUUUUUGACGGACAUAUAUGAGCGACUCGUUCCCAUUCAUCUAAAAAUUGAGGCCACGGGGCUUGCCAGCCAACCUCCAUCUCAGUGUGCGCGCACUUAGCGUUUGCUGUUCAGACCAACAAGAAGAGCUAGAUCCAUCUAUAGCCAAAGGGCUCAUCGCCUUGAGGCGUGGAGAUUUGCGAGUAGAUGUGACAAAUUGAUACCAAUUUCUGACA